GAAGAAUGCGAGUUUUCUUGCGACCGACUCACCAUCAUGGUCGACGGCCAAAUGAUGUGCCUGGGCACGCUGCAGCACCUGCGGGAGAAGUUCGGUCAGGGCUACCGACUCGAGUUCUUUCUCGAACCCACUGUCACUGUAGACGAAGGCAAGCUCAAGCAAGCUGUGGAGAAGCUGUUUCCCGGGAUUCAACUGACGGACGCCCAGAAGAACCUGCUCACCUACCACCUGAUGGAGCGAAUUCCUUGGAGCGAGCUGUUCACCAAGGUGGGAAAACUCCAGAAAAACUUCCCCCUUGAACAUGUCCUGGUGGGAGAGAACACUCUCCAAGACAUCUUCUUGAACUUCGCCAAAGCACAAGAAAGUGUCGAUUUUCUGGGCGACGCCGUUACGGUAGACGUUAGUUCAGCGUUCAGCAGCACAAAAUCUACAAGGACGCUUUCGACAGUUUCAACAGCAUCUUCGACACCUUCGGCCCCUACGGCAAAAACGGCACCUUCAAAGUUGUAGGCCUGACUGCUGCUUCUGCAUAUCUCUUCGCGGGAGAAGCAAUAAAGGC